UUUAGUCGCGCGUUCUCGAUUGUGAACCUUGGUGCAUUUCAUAUCUAUCUAUCUCCGGCAGAGGUACCAGUAAAAAUGGGGAAAAAAGUCAGUCCAGUGAAAGAUUUCUUGGCUGGAGGAUUCGGCGGAGCAUGUCUGGUAUUUGUAGGACACCCUUUAGACACGAUAAAGGUGCGGCUACAGACCAUGCCACGCCCUGCCCCCGGUCAGAAGCCUCUGUACGCUGGCACUUGGGACUGUGCAAUGCAGACCGUACGCAAAGAGGGUUUUUUUGGCCUCUACAAAGGGAUGGCUGCCCCACUGACAGGCGUGUCCCCCAUGUUUGCCAUCUGUUUCCUGGGCUUUGGAAUCGGCAAGAAACUACAACAGAAACAUCCCACCGACGACCUCACAUAUCUCCAGUACUGGAAUGCGGGCAUGCUCUCAGGUGUGUUUACCACUGUGAUAAUGACGCCUGGGGAACGCAUCAAGUGCCUGCUGCAGAUCCAAGCUGACGCUCACACCAAGAAAUAUGCAGGACCGAUAGACUGCAUUAAACAGCUGUACAGAGAGGGUGGAAUCCGUAGUAUAUACAGGGGAACAUGUGCCACACUGCUCAGGGAUGUUCCAGCUAGCGGAAUGUACUUCAUGUCGUACGAGUGGUUACAGCAUGUUCUAGCACCAGAGGGGGCCAGUCGCAGUGAUCUGAGUGUAGGAAGAACCCUGCUUGCUGGGGGUAUGGCGGGAGUGUUCAACUGGUGUGUGGCCAUCGGUCCAGACGUGCUGAAAUCCAGGCUACAAACAGCCCCUGAGGGGACCUAUCCUAACGGGGUCAGAGACGUUUUCAGGCAUGUCAUGAAGGAAGAGGGACCCCGUGCCCUGUUCAGGGGUCUCACACCGGUCAUGCUGAGGGCUUUCCCUGCUAACGCUGCCUGUUUCAUGGGAUAUGAGAUGGCGAUGAAGUUUUUACACUGGCUGGUACCGGACAAGUCUUGAAGACAUUGCCAUUAGGACUAACAUGUUUAUAUACUGAAAAGUGUUUUUGUCUCCUACCGGUUUUACCGGAGGGGACUUAUGGUUUGCGCUCUGUGCAUCUGUCUGUCUGUCUGUCUGUCUGUCUGUCUGUCAUACUUUUCUGGAUCCUGCGAUAACUUUAAAAGUUCUUAAUAUUUUUUCAUGAAACUUUACACAUGGAUAGAUGGCAAUAUGGACAUUAUGCACGUCAUUUCAUUUUGUUCCUACGUCAAAAAUUCUGGUUGCUAUGGCAACAAAUAGAAUAUAAAAUAAAAAUACUGACAAUGGUGGAGCCGGUAGGGAACAUAUAUUGCUUGGCAAUAGUCUUGUUUACAAUCUGUUUUUAAGUUACUGUUGCAAAUUUUGUAUACCGGUAGAGUUAUAAAUUGAGAUUUAUAUAUAUAUAUCAAAAAUGAAAGUUCUUUAGUUAUCAUAUGAAAGUGUUUGUUUCUGAACAGUCAACAGUAUUUCUCCCCAAAAAUCUAUUUCCCAUUUUUUCACACAUUUAUUUAUUGAUAAAUACAGUAUUUGUGUGAUUAUCUUUAAGAAUAAAAAAGUUAUUAAAAUGUGUAUAGUUUAUUUCUUAUAAAUUCUCUCAUUUCUAACAUGUGUUUGCCUUUGCUUAGUCCCUUUAAAUUGUUAAAAAAAAUCAUUUGACUUGUACAUAUCACAGAUGUAAAAUAAAGCAUGAAAAAUGUA